AUGGACACCCCAGAGGAUCCCUCGUACCGGAUGACGAGCCUAUCGCGCCGGAUACCAUUCGCGUUCGGCGACACUAGGAGGAAGAGGCAUGGUUCAGUCGACACCAUGACAUCUCAGAGCAGCGGUACUUCGGUCGCUCCAUCAGUUGACUCAGGCCAUUACUCUAUGACACCGUCGGUGACUUCGUUCAGUCGAGAAUCCGUUUGCGAGCGCGACCACGAGCAUAUGAGAAUUGUCAUGUACGACCGCAAUCUCAUGAACCGCAAAUUAGAGAAAUACGUGACCCGAAACCAGCAGCUGGAAGAGGAACUACAAUCCGCCAAGGUACAUAUAUGCGCCCAAGCUGCGGAGAUUGAGUCCCUCAAGGUCCAGUUGGAAACCGUGCAUCCUCCACACAAUGAACCUCGAUACAAUAAGCCUCUGCCGACGCCCCCAAAAACUCCUGACCGAGCACAGGCUGAGGAGGAAUACCUGGAAAGUGCUGCCGAUGAGACCGCUAUCAAUUCGGAUACGCUCACGACGCAGCUGCCUGAUGCUCGUGAUGAAAUCAGAAUUCUCCAGGCUGCCCACAGCGAGACGAGUAAAUCGCUCCACGAACAAAUAGAUACCAACUUGUUGCUGCUUGAUGAAUUGUGCAGUAUGAAGGAGCGACUCACUACUCAACUCGAGAGGGCAGAGGCGAUGGAGACCACGCUGGCAGCUACACAGGCCACCCUUGACGAAAUGAAAGACGAGAACGAGCGCCUACAGCGACAAUCGAUGAUCCCCAUGCGGAUCCGGAAGCAGUCGAUGACAUUCGAGACUGAUUCACGGCUGGCUGCGGCUCAAGCUGCCGCAGAGGAACUCAGAGAGAGGAACAUUCGUCUGCAAAAGGAGAUGGCGGACACGCUACCCGGAGAGCUGAAGUCGAAGCUCAACGCGGCCCAAUCCACCAUUGAAGACUUGAGGAGUCGAAACGAACGUCUGCAAGAGCAGGUUGCCGAGUCGAUGCAUGUUCGAAACCAGUUGAACGACAUGCAAGAACAGAACAGGCGGUUAAGGAAGAAAUUGGUCCCCAUCAGCGACCCCAUCAACACGCCCCUCGCGACCCGGUUCACCAAGAUGAUGGAUGAGCUCGAGCAUGCGCGAGUCCCACGCGACGAUGAGAAAUGUUUCGAGUUCUUCGAGAACAUCUUGCGGAUGCAUACCCGGAUGAACGGAAUCGCCGCUGUGGCAUUGAAGACACUGGAAAUCAUUAGCGAUGAAACAACCUUCAUGAAACUGCCGCGACAAGGGCUUGAAGUUGCGGAUCAAAUUGCGAAUCUAGGUGUGUGGAUGUUGGAACGACGCUGGCCGAGGGAGUUCAGACGGAAGCCAUUAGAGCGCUCCAAGACUGUCAACUUCUGA